AUGGCGCGAACCGACAACGGAACGAACUCAAACCAUCCGGCCAAUUUCAGCGGCAAUGAGUCCGUGCCGCCGCUGCUGGGCAUCGACUACCAGCUCUACUUCUCCAUCAUCCAAAUCAUCAACAUCGCCAUGAUGGUGCCGUCGAUAGCGUUCUUCGUCUGCAUCACCGCCAUCAUCUUCGGCGAGGCGAGCCUCCGCGAGAACUCCCGCUACGUCCUCUUCUCCAACCUGCUCACGUGCGACACGUGCUUCCUCACCUCGUCCGUCAUCAUCACGUCGCUCAUUUGGCAGCACCAACGGUACGGCCUCGCCGCCUGCUACACCUACGUCAUCAUCAGCAGCACGCUCAACCACUGCGGCGUCCUCUGCGUCACCCUCAUGUCCUUCGAGCGCUACGUCGCCGUGUGCCACCCGCUGCACCACGCCGCGUGGUUCAACCGCCGCGCCACCGCGCUGUCGCUCGCCGCCAUCUGGGCGCUCGCCUCCGUGUGCCAAGUGGUACGUGGCGGCGUCGUGCUCGCGGGCACCGCCGCCGGCGCCGCCGAGCCGCCCCUCAACGUCACGUCGUCGUGCUCGACGUACGUCAUCGACGCGGCGAUGCCGAACGCCGACGUGCUCGUCACCCUCCGCGAGCUGCCCAACGCCGUCUUCUUCACGGCGUGCGCCGUCACGCAGACGUUCGCCUACGUCCGGAUCGUGGCGGCGGCGAGGAGGGCGGCGGCGACGGCCUCCGACCGCGCGUCGAACGCGCGGCGCGCCACCAACACGGUGGCGCUGCACGCGGUGCAGCUCUUCCUGUACCUGUGCGCGCUCUCCAACACCCUGCUGCUCAUGCUGUUCACCCUCGUGACGUCCGACGCGCGCGUGAUCGGCGUCCUGAGGAUCAACGCCUACCUGGUCAUCUUCUUCGGCUCGAGGUUCGUGGCGCCGCUCGUCUACGGCCUGCGGGACAAGGAGCUGCGGAGGCACUUCAGGAAGAGGGUCGCGUGCCGCUACUUUGCCGCUUCCACCGGGAAGGUGGACGCGGCCUCGAACUGA